AUGGGGACGCACAAACAGUGGCUGAAAAAUGGACUUCCUUCAAAAAACACUCGCGGCAAAUACUUUGUUAAGUUGGUGGUGAAACAA